AUUGUUUGUGAUUGACGUCACCGCUGGAAAGCAAGAUGGCCGCUUGUGUACGGUGAACGCUCGACCGACAGCGGAACCGCCUCAAGAGAGGCUGUAAAUGUUUGAAACUGAUUUCUGAUAACCGAAUAAAGCCACAGAGACACGUGACGUCCCGCACGAGACGCGCUGAGGAUGGACGGCGCGGGGUUCAUGGACACCAUAUACCCGACCCUGUCCGAACUGGGCGAUGAGUUCACACUGGGAGACAUCGACGAGAUGCUGCAGUUUGUCAGUAAUCAGGUGGAUUUUCCGGAUCUCUUUGAAGAUCAGAUGGGGGGCGGUUCUGUGGCUCCUGUACGUGCUCCUCCACAGACGGCCCCCAGCACCAUACUGACCCCCCCGCACACCCCCGUACAGACCAUCAGCCAGAUGCAAACACGCACACCACCGCUGCUGCAGCCCAGACCACAGCCCAUCACACAGGUGCAGACGUUUCCAGUGCAGACGCUGGCUGUGCAGACGCAGGCGCAGCCGCAAACUGUGAUGAUCACUCCAACUGCCACAGCGUCUCGUUUUAUUCAGAAUCAAGUCAUCUGUCAGCAGAACCCCAGCGGCGGCUUCCAGGUCCUCCAGCCGCAGAUGCAGAGCAUUAUGACAUCACCGCAGAUCCAGCCAAUGACCAUCCAGCAUCAGCGUGUGUUGACUUCAACCGGUCAGACCAUCCAGACUCUCUCCACAACACCCGCCACUGUACACACAGUGUCUCAACAAUUACCCGUGUUGCUGCAUCAGCCUCAGAUCCUGAAGACAGAUUCUUUGCUUCUGACGACGCUGAAACCGGACGGAACUCAAGUUCUCUCGACCGUCCAGAGCCCCGCCGGCAUUACGACCCUGACCACACCCAUACAGACCGCCGCCCUGCAGACCCUAAUGGGCAGCAACAUUCUGACCACCGUCCCGGUCAUGAUGGGAGGCGGAGACAAGCUGCCCAUCAAACAGAUGUCACCCAUCACCGCCCACAGUGGGAGCGGCCCUAGGGUGGAUCAGGGCGUGACCGUCGCCAUGGGAACCGGAGGAGUUGUCAAAGAGGGCGAGAGAAGAACGACACACAACGUCAUCGAGAAGCGGUACCGCUCGUCCAUAAACGACAAGAUCCUGGAGCUCCGGGACCUGGUGAUGGGCAGCGACGCUAAGAUGCACAAGUCAGGCAUCCUGCGCAAAGCCAUCGACUACAUCAAAUACCUGCAGCAGAUAAACCACAAACUCCGGCAGGAGAACCUCACGCUGAAGAUGGCCAAUCAGAAGAACAAGUCUGUGUGUCUGUCAGAGGAUGUGGAUAUGAAGGCCGAGGCGGCGAUGAUUUCUCCUCCUCCGUCUGAUUCGGGGUCCAGUUCUCCUCCUCAGCUCUCGCCCUUCUGCAUCGACUCGGAACCGUCCAGUCCGCUGCUGGACAAUGAGCAGAUGAAGAGCGAGCCGGGCUCUCCGUCGUCGGUGGGUGUGAUGGACCGCUCUCGUCUGCUGCUCUGCGCGCUCACGUUCCUCUGUCUGUCUCUCAACCCUCUGCCGUCUCUGUUGGGUUCAGAGGAGCGCUGGAGUUCAUCUGUCACUCACGGACCCUCGCGCUCUCUCUCCUCGCUGCCCCCCGGACCCUCGCAGGACUUCAUGGAGUGGAUGCGCUUGCUGUUGCCGUGGUUUCUGGUGUGGGUUCUGAGCGGGGUGGGCGUGGUUUGGGGGUGUGUCCGGGUGCUGUAUCUGUGGGAACCGGUGACGCCCCUCCACUCGCCCAAAUCUGUGAGCUUCUGGAGACACCGCAAACAAGCCGACCUACAACUCUACAGGGGUGAUUAUUCGUCUGCGGCGGCGAGUCUUCAGACGUGUCUGUCAGUGUUAUCCAGAGUUCUGCCCAUCACCACAUUCGACAUCACCUGCUCUCUCUCCUGGAAUCUGAUUCGCUACUGUCUGAGAAAACCCGCCCCUCUGGGCUGGCUGGUACGUUUGGUUGGUGGGAAGCAGGAGGGGGAGGAGUCAAAGACGAGCUCACGGGACGCAGCACUGGUGUAUCAUAAACUCAGUCAACUGCAGCUCACAGGUAAGCUGGAGCGCAGUCCUCUGUGGGGUGUUUGUGUUUCUCUCAGUGCGGUGAAUCUGUCUAGAAGUGCAGAAGGGAAGAUUUCAGUGACACAACAGAUUGAGAUCUUUGUGACGGCAGCCAUCAGCCUGAGGACAUCGCUGGGAAAACAUCUCACCUGCCUGCCUGGUUAUCUAUCAAGUUGUGCUGAGAGUUUGGCCUGUCAAUCAGACUCUAAGCCCCUCCCAGACAGUCUGCUCUGGAUCUUCACACCAUUGGGCCGUCAGUUUUUCCUGAGCUGUGAUUGGUCAGUGAGGUCAGAGAGCAGCGAGCAGAUUUUCACCUCUCAGAGAGAUCAGGUGGAUCCUGUAGCACAACUGCACCGCUGCUUCUGUGAGAAACUUCUGGAACGAGCCGUUCACACACUGAUCGAGCCACAGAGCGGCAAACACACUGAGGAUUCUGGGGAGUUCUCUGGAGUUCUGGAGUUCCUGCAGCUGUUGAACAGUUGCACUGAAGACUCCGCCCCCUCCACCGCCCCCUUCCCUGCGCUGGCCAAUCAGAACACAGCACCAGUGAGGGACCCCGUGUGCCGCUGGUGGGCUUCGGUGCUGAAGGCCGCGGUUCAUUGGCUGCAGGGUGAUGAUGCAUCCGUGAGGUCACUGCUGUCAGAGGCGGAGCGUAUGCCCAGAGCUCUUCACACUCUAGAUCACCCGCUACCCAAGGCCGUGUUGGCGUUGUGUAAGGCCGUUCAGAUGAGUGUGUGUCCUCAGAAGGGAGAGGGCGUGUCCAGCUGUCUCGCUCACUGUCAGCGCGCCGGCGCUCACCUGCACGUCAGUGUGUCGCAGUCACACAACAACACCUGGCUACACAAGGGGGUGGAGCUUCUGGUGUGUGACCUCCUCCUGACUCUGAGAACCAGCCUAUGGCAGCGCGGCGGGGGGUCUAACGGAGAGCCUGGCCCCGCCCCCGGAGCGCAGCUGGCUGGAUUUCAGAGGGACUUGAGCUCUUUGAGGAGACUCGGACAAGCUCAUAGACGAGCUCAACACAAGCUGUUCCUCCACGAGACCACCGUCAGACUGAUGGCUGGAGCCAGUCCCACACGCACACACCAACUGCUGCGCAACAGAACGCACAACUACAGCGCGACAGACGGCGAGCGUGAGAGAGCUCAUGUCAUUCUGUUGGCGUGUCGUCACCUGCCGCUGCCCUUACUGACGCCUCCGGGUCACCGCGCUCGUCUGCUCGCUGAAGCCAAACGUACGCUGGAGAGAGUCGGAGACCGCCGCUCGCUGCAGGACUGUCAACAGAUUCUACUGAGACUGGGAGGAGGGACCACCAUCGCUGCGUCAUAACACACACACACACACAGUAUGUUAGUGAGGAAAUCAACAUUAGAUGUAUAAUAGUUUCACACUUACACACACACACGCUCGGUUCAGUGUGUAUUUAUUGUAGUACCCAGCAUCCUCCUCGACUACCUCUCUCUCACACACACACACAUUGUACAGAACCGUGUAGAGACCAAAGUCUUUUAGAACACAUGGAUGGAUGGGGGGGUUAUCAUGUGUAAUUAGCUCAUGUCACAUGCUUUAUUGUGUAUUUGCUUAUUGUAGUUCAUGAGUAUUUUCUGUUUACUAUUGGAUGUAUUUGGGAACAUUAGAUCAGGGCUUUUAUUAUGAAGUCACAUGACGAUCAGAUAAAAGUCUCUCACACAGAGUGAAGCUCAAUGGAAGAAAGUUGUGUUUAUUAUGUUGCUCAGUUUGUCAUAAUUUAAAGUGUUCAAGGUUCUGCUUGUGUUUUAAACUCUUUCACUCGCUCAUGUUUGUUUGUUUUGUGCAGAUUUCUAUUUCUUGAUUUGUUUUUUAAAUAAAUUGCAGAUGCCAUUGAAAAAACAGCAUGUGUUCAGGUGUCUGUAGAUUCUUUGGGAAUCAUUGUGUUUCUGAUGUUGAAUAAAUGUAAUGUUUGUGGA